AUGGCAGCUCCCGAAGCAAGUCAAGUGAGCUCUCUGCCACUGCCUCCAAUGCAGUAUAUACAAUUGUAUUCAGAGGAAAAUAUUCGUCGAGGAAGAAAUCUCCGCCCGCCUCCUCCCAUUCAAGACACCUACUCCAUGUUUGGGAAUGCCUUCAGUGCUGAUGAUUUGAUUAUUCGCCCUUUGGAAUCACAGGGCUUCAAACGAUUAUAUCCCCAGCACUUUGAUCGCCGCAGAGAACUUCGGAAGCUUAAUCAUUCCUUACUAGUAAAUUUCCUUGAUAUGUUGGAUUUGCUUGUCCUGUGUCCUGACUCACCCCGUCGUGCCGAAAAAGUAGAGGAUCUCAAUUUACUUUUCAUCCACAUACAUCAUUUAUUGAAUGAGUUUCGUCCCCACCAGGCUCGUGAAACAUUGAGGGUAAUGAUGGAACUUCAAAAGCGGCAAAGAAUUGAAACGGCUGCUCGGUUUCAGAAGCAUUUAGACAAGGUUCAUGAGCUGUUACAACAAGCACUCCACAAUCUUCCAGAUUCAUCUGAAGCAGAUAGUAAGCUGAUGAUUCCCACCGAAGCAUUUGAAGAUAUGGAUACAUCUAGUGACAACAAAAAAGACUCAGAUGCUGUUGAUAUUCUUGAUAGACUCAUGUGUGAUAUUGUAGAUAAACUGUAACCAAAGUUGUUGUUUUUCAAGUUUUCAUUUUUUUUGUUAUGCUGAUGUAUUUAUUGUUUAAAUGUAUGGAGAAGGAAGAUUUAAAUCAUGUAAGGUUCCUUAUUAUUAUUUGUAUUAUAGUUUGGGAGGCCCUGAUAAUUUUUUGCCAGUCAUAUUGAUAUGAGACAGUGCAAGUUCAUUUAUGUACAUUAGGCUAAAACUUUCUCCUUUUUUACCAUGGAUCCAACCGAUCUACCCUACUUGCAAUAAAUUUAUCAAGGCCUUGUGUUAA